CUUCAAUUGCAAGAAGCUUGAUAGUGAAAAAAAUCAUUAACGUGUUUCAGUUGGAACAUUCAAUUCAUCAUGUAUGGCUGCUGUUCUUCGACUUGUACCAUCGCAGCUUCAACAAAAGAGAAACCAAAGUGAUGGCCCAGACUGCGAAACUUUUCGAUUCCGUCGGCCUUUCCUAUGCGGAAAACGCUCUCUGGUCCCAACGAGUUCGAUUAGCUGCUGCCGUAGCUAGACUAAGAAUCAAACACAAUGCGCUCUCAUUGGACGAGCUUCUGCCCGCCCAUUUGAAAGACGAAAGAGUCACUGAGCAGGCCAAACAUAGUCCGGUGACCUGUUGGGUGAAUUGCAUUAAAGUGAGUGACAUCAAAGAGGUGACCGAAAACAUUGAAAAAACCUUCGAUCUUCGCAUGGUGAGCGACUUGGAAAGUCUGGAGAAGAACACAUUCAAAUGGGACAGACAUUGUCCGCAAGUCAUGGCCUUUCACUCGUCGAUGAGGGGCAAAUUGGCACGAAGUCGGUUUGUCAAAACUCAUCUACUGGUAGUGCAGGACAAGUCGUUCUGCAGAGGAGCUGCAACUUUCGGAAAAAUCCUGGCCGACUUGGGUUUAACUGGGAGCGUAAUCCAGACCCAUGUAAACUCGCCGAGAACCACCGCUUAUCUGGCCACGCUGCUCACGCACAAUGAAAAAAUUAAAAAACUGAUGGCGUUCAGUGCAGGUAGAAGGAAAUUGGAAUAUGAGCACUAUUUUACGGAGCUCGGAGUGACGAACAUCAGAAUCUUCUCCGAUCGGCUCAUAGAUUCGCCCCCCGAUGCUGCAUACAUGGAAGAAGUGGUGGCUGUUUUUGCAACCCCACCUAACAGCUACUCAGCAGUUACCGACCCGAUCGAUUUGGUUUGCAGUCGUGGUGGCGACCUUUCAAUGCUGCAGGUUUUGACGGAAUCGGACGAAACCAAAGAAGGUAAGCAGAGAGUUAUGCGCAUCCUAGAGGAGCAGAAGAAGACGCUGAAAUUUGCCAUGUCCAGGCCGCAAAUCCAGUUUGUUUUGUACGAAACGCAUUCAGAGCUGGACAUUGAGAAUGACGAGAUGGUAAGCAAGACGUUGAAAGACAUAAACAGGCUGGCCAAGUUGCAGCAUGCGGCCGUAUUAGGAAAAACCCCCAUGUCUGAUUUGCCGAUUGAUGAGGAAACUAUCGAGUCGCAGCCGAGUGAAAACAGGCUCGUUAGCGAGGCGGGCGAACAGGCCGAUAUGGCGAAAGAGAACUCAAUGGAGUCCCUCUCCCUUUCCGGUAAAUUGGUGAUGGAUUCCAAAGAAAAACUCCUGGAUAGUGUUCAGGUGCCCGACACCGAUAUUUUCACCACUCCAGACUUGCCGAACUUGUGCCCCAACGAAAAUUCCUGCAUAAACUUCCGGAAGGAGGGUUGCUUCCUAUCGCUGAUCCAACGAAAGGAGAUCAUUCGACUGGACGACAAGUACAUGAUUCAAAUGGCGGAGAAUCGGGGCCUUUUCGGCAGCACCACCACCCAAAGCACGGUGAAAUCAAAGGGAAGCAAAGCGUCGCGGAAAAAUCGCGAGAAAAGCGAACGAAAGCCGAAGUCCAGGAAGAAGUUGCAAGAAACUGAG